AUGUCGACACCCAUUCUCCUCGCCCCUCCCCACGGUACGCAAGUCGACCACUGGCAACCAUCACGCUACCUCGAACCGCCUCUCCCACCGCCUGUCGAUCCGACCUUUGCGCGGGAGCAGGAGAUCGCCCAACAGCGGCUGAAUGCCGAGGGACGGGCUGUCAGGAAGGUCAAGCCGAGACGGACGGUGGAUUUCAAUGGCGAAUUGGCUAAGAUGAGGCUGCUUAAGAAGACACGACCGAAUGCGGGGUAUUUGCCAUUCCUUAGACCAGCGCCGCCGUACAUCAUUGACCUACUACCACCAGCAGCAUACAUCGGUAAUCCGACAACGUCCGUGUGCACCAAGUUCGUUCACAGUUCAACGAACAAAGUGCGAUGUCCCGUCAACGUCGUUGCAUGGACGCCAGAAGGACGUCGUCUACUCACUGGAUCACAGUCGGGGGAGUUCACGCUCUGGAACGGGCUGACAUUCAACUUCGAGACGAUUCUACAGGCGCACGACGCCGCCGUACGAGCGUUUGCCUGGUCCCACUCUGGUGGCUAUCUCGUUUCGAGCGACACGAACGGGAACAUCAAGUACUUCCAAUCGAACAUGAACAACCUCGCCGUCUGGCAAGGACAUCGGGAAGCCGUCCGUGGCGUCAGUUUCUCCCCAGACGACAGCAGGUUCGCGACAGGCGCGGACGACUCCGUUAUCAAGCUCUGGUCGUUUGAGGAGAUGAGGGAGGAGAGAGCACUCACCGGCCAUGGAUGGGACGUCAAAUGUGUGGAUUGGCAUCCGACUAAGGGGCUGAUCGUUUCGGGGAGCAAGGACAAUUCGGUCAAGUUCUGGGAUCCACGGACUGCUACUUGCUUGUCUACGCUCCACCAACAUAAGAACACCGUUCAAGCUUGUUUAUGGAAUCCCAGCGGUGACUUUGUCGCUUCCGCGUCUCGAGACCAGACGAUCCGAGUCUUCGACAUCCGUGUAAUGAAGGAGAUCCAAGUGCUCAAAGGCCACAAAAAGGAAGUCUGUUCCCUCGCGUGGCAUCCGAUCCACCACGAGCUACUCGCCUCAGGCGGCUCAGAAGGCAGCAUCUACCACUGGCUUGUCGAGUCCCCUGAUCCUAUCGCUCAGCUGGACGAAGCACACGACUCGAACGUAUGGACGCUUGCGUGGCACCCUCUUGGUCACAUUCUCUGUUCAGGAUCGAACGACCAUACUACGCGGUUCUGGUGUCGCGACCGACCAGGGGAGGAGACGACGGUGAUGGGCGAGAAGCCGCCUGCUGUGGGGCAGGAAAGCACAGAAGAACAGGACGACUUUGUACCUGGGUUCAACUACCAGCCUGGAGGCAUGGGACCAGGUGUAGGCAUGGAUCAGGAUGCUCCGGGUGGCCCGCUACAGGCAGCAUGGAGUGCAGCACCAAACGGGAUGGACGACUUCAUCCCUGGACUUGGGGGACGGCCGGAGCCGGCCGAGGCUGCUGGUGGGAGAGGAGAUCGGGGACCGUUACCUAGUCAGGAGGACAUGCGUGUCAGCCCUGAUUUUGCGGGACGGGACAGCGGGUACGGAGCGAGGGGCGGCGGUGGUGGGUAUGGAAGGGAGGGAGCUUAUGGAGGUAGGGAUGGAGGGAGAGAUCAGAGAGAUGGACAGAGAGAUGGUGGGUAUCGGGGAAGGGACGGUGGGUAUGGGGGGAGAGAUGGGUACAGAGAAGGGGGGAGGGGGAGAGGGAGAAGUAGGGGCCGAUGGAACUAG